CAAAAAUAAAAUCAUGUGCACUAGAAUGAUUUACGUCUAACAGUUUUUUGGCGUGAUAGCGAGGGCAUGGUAUUUGUGAUUCUAAUAACGCAUGACACGCAUAUAAAUAUGUGCAUUGUUAGUUAAUAUCUAUAAUCAUAAAUCACAAAGAAUUUCUAAGUAUGGAAAAGAAUUUGAAAGUAAAGACCAAAGCCAACUUAGAGAAAACAAACUCUAAGCUAGAUGAGUUAGAGCCUGUGAGUCCAGCAUCAGAAUACUUACUAAGUGAGGUUGCGACACUCUAUAUUCUUUCCAUUUUUGAAUUGGAGAUCCCUAUUGAUACUUCAUGCGUCUAUGCUUUCUUCAAUAGCGUUUUUCUCAAUAGUCAUCCCCGUUUUUCCUGUAUUCCGAUUAAAGGUAAAAAGGGAAGAAAUAUGUGGAAGAAAGUGGAAGUAAAUGUUGAAGAUCAUAUUAUAAAAGGCCCAAUUUUGCCCGAAGGUCUAUCAACAGAAAGUUAUAGUAAGCAUUUAGAUGAUUACAUGUCCAAAAUAGCUACAACACCAUUUCAACUAAACAAACCUUUGUGGGAAGUUCACACAUUCAACUACCCUACAAAAAAUGCAACUUCAACUUUGUUUGUUAAGUUUCACCAUGCUGUUGGUGAUGGCACCUCUCUUAUGGGAGUUGUCUUUACCUGCCUUCGAAGAGUCGAUGAUCCUAAGCUUCCUCUAACUUUCCCUUCCAAAACUAGGAAAAACAGUUCAAGAGAAAAACAAGGGGCUAUUCACAAUGUGAUGAAAACAUUAAGUGAAGUGCCUAGGUUUCUAUCCUCUAUUUUUACUUCGUUGUAUGAUUAUGGACAAACUCUUAAGGUGGUGUCAUUUGAAGAUGAUUGUAGUCCGGUUAGGUCCGGAAAUACCAACAUGCUUCUUCCAAGCUCGGCUAGAGUUUGUUCAGUCACUCUACCUCUCAGUGAUGUCAAGAGAAUCAAAUCACUUCUUAGAGUGACUGUCAACGAUGUUAUUCUUGGUAUAAUCUCUUUCGCUACUCGAUUAUAUAUCCAAGAAAUAGACCAACGACAAUCAAACAACAGCCGCAUGACGGCAUCAAUAGCCCUCAAUACAAGGAGUAUCAAGGGAUAUGCAAAUCCGGAAGAGAUGCGCAAGGGAAAAACAUGGGGGAAUAAAAUUUCAGUGAUUGAAUUAUCACUACCAAAAUAUAAAGAGGAAGAUCUUAGAAAUCCACUCAAUAUUAUCAUGAAAGUCCAUAAACUUAUGAUGAGAAAAAGGAAAAGUGUUGGCGCCAUCUAUCUCACUGCUUGGACCCUUGAUGCUAUAAAGCUUAUCGGAGGCCUUAAGGCAGCAGCUCGGGCCUUUGAAAAAAGCUGGAAAAAUUCAACCUUUGCAAUCACGAAUUUGGUUGGUCCAACUCAGCAUGCCAGUAUUGCUGAUCAUCCCAUCAAAGGCUUUUACUUCGUACCAACUAGAUUGAACUUGAGUUUAACAGUUUCCGUGAUGAGUUACAUGGAUAAUCUAAGAAUUGGUUUAGUAGUUGAGAACGGCUUCAUCGAUCACCAAAGAUUAAUCAAUUGCAUGGAAAAUGCCUAUCAAUUAUUUCUCCAAGCUGCCACUUCUUCUACAAAAUCUACUGCACAGUAAAAUAAGAAGACUGCAGUAGAUUUGGUGUACGGACAGGCCACAUGAUUAUUGGAUCGAGGCUCAAGCUCUACCAACAUGGGUGCACCGGUAUCCGCCAAAGUGUACAAACAAGCCCGUCUAGCUCAGUUGGUAGAGCGCAAGGCUCUUAACCUUGUGGUCGUGGGUUCGAGCCCCACGGUGGGCGUUAAUUAAUUGCUGUACAUUUUUUUCUUCUUGUGGUAUGUAAAUAACAAGUACUCCGUACUAUUGUUGCCAGUUGUUUACCUUUACUAUAUUACGGACUAUCUUUUCACCAAAAAAAAUAAAAUAAUAUUACAGAGUAUCAAGUUUCCAAUAA